CGUCACGGUCAACCAUUGCGUUGAAGCGAGACAGAAAGAACCGCAUCACUCACUCCCUUCAGAGACUCUGUUGUGAUCUCCAAAAUGCAGAGCACAGUUUUCUCUCUCUCCCCUUCCCUCUCUCUCCCAAAACAACCUCUCAAACGCUCUGUCUCUGUUUCCACUUCCAAACUCAACGUCAUUCUCACUCCCUCUUCAUUCCCAUGUCAACCAUGUUCUCUUGCUUAUUCUCCAUCUUUCAAACUCGCUCCCUCACACUUUCACCCCUUCCAUGCCAGAGCAACCUCCGUGCCGGAGAGCAGCGCCGGCAACACUCUGCUCAAUACUCUGGAACUUGGAGCCCUGUUUGGGCUCUGGAUCCUCUUCAACAUCUACUUCAACAUCUACAACAAACAGGUCUUAAAGGUCUACCAUUUCCCUUUAACCGUAAGCACCCUUCAGUUCGCUGUGGGGUCUCUCUUCGUAGCAUUCAUGUGGAGUUUCAAUCUCUAUAAGAGACCUAAAGUUAGUGGCGCCCAGCUUGCAGCGAUAUUGCCACUGGCUCUAGUACAUACUUUAGGGAACCUUUUCACCAACAUGAGUCUCGGACAGGUUGCUGUGUCUUUCACUCACACUAUAAAAGCGAUGGAGCCUUUUUUUUCAGUGCUCCUUUCUGCUAUGUUCCUUGGAGAGGCGCCUACUGCAUGGGUUGUUGGUUCCCUUGUGCCUAUUGUUGGUGGGGUGGCGUUAGCGUCUGCUACCGAGGCCUCUUUCAAUUGGGCUGGAUUUUGGAGUGCAAUGGCUUCCAAUUUGACUAAUCAAUCUCGUAAUGUUCUUAGCAAAAAAGUCAUGGUUAACAAGGAGGAAUCUAUGGACAACAUAACCCUCUUCUCAAUAAUAACGGUUAUGUCAUUCUUGUUAUCAGUACCUGUAACUUUGUUGAUGGAGGGUGUCAAAUUUACCCCUGCUUACCUGCAAUCUGCUGGAUUAAAUGUUAACGAAGUGUACAUCAGAUCACUUCUUGCUGCACUAUGUUUCCAUGCAUAUCAGCAAGUUUCUUAUAUGAUACUGCAGAAGGUGUCACCUGUUACCCACUCUGUAGGAAAUUGUGUGAAAAGGGUUGUGGUCAUCGUGAGCUCUGUCAUCUUCUUCCAAACACCAGUAUCACCAAUUAACGCAUUGGGGACUGCUAUAGCUCUUGCUGGUGUUUUCUUGUAUUCCAGGGUGAAGCGACUUAAGCCAAAGACAACUUAAUUUUCAGUCGUAAAAUUUUUGCCAGUUGCAUGACACACUUGCUAGUUACAUUUCUGAAUUUUUUUUAUCAUAGGUCAGAUAUAGGCAUUAAGGGUUCUUGACCCUUUAUUUUUUCUUUUAAACAGUUAGGUCCCCGAUUUUAUUGUACAUGUCUUAGUGGCGCCUAAUGGUUCUGCUAUAAGAAAUUUUUAUCAACGUUUCAAUUUUGAUAAAGUAUGACAUCCAGUUACUUUUAUUACACUGUCA